GUGGUUCAACAAAACUGUAUAGCUGUAACUUCCACUCAUCUUCUCAGGAUUGGCAGUGGCUGGAGAUCCAAGUUUCAAAACUUUUGAAGCUGCAAUCCCAUAUGUUGUUCGGAAGCUUCUCUCUGAUAAUUCUGUUGCAUCGAGGAAAAUUCUACAUUCGGUGGUAUUAAACAGAAAGAAAGAAUUUCAGUGGCAAAAGCUAGCUCUUUUCCUAAGAGCAGCGGCUAACAGGAAAGGGUUGAACACUAUCACUGCACCAAAUCCCCAAGCAUCUCUUGCUUAUUUGAACACUAUCAUGGCACCAAAUCCUCAAGCAUCUCUUGCUUAUUCUUCUGAUGGAGCCUCUGGUGUAUUUGAUGUUGCAAACUUGGUGUUGAGAAUACUACCAUCUAAAGACGGUAUUGUGCUGAGAAGAUUGUUAAUGACAGCAGAUGGUGCUUCAUUAGUUAGAGCAUUUAUUUCCAAGGAGGCAAAGUUCUUUCGUCAACACCUUUGCAGAAUUGUUGCUGAUAUACUGUCCCAGUGGAUAUUUGAAGCACUUGGAAGUAAUGUAAUUAGCUCCCAAAUGCAGCUAACUGGUGCGCCCAAUGUAAAGCUAGGAUCGUCUUCUGCUGUAUUCUCACGGGACUAUGAUUGCAAUUCAACCCUCAGAGAUCGCCGGCUUAAACUGAUUCUAUUCAAGGUGUUAGGUUCUGCAAGAAAAAGUCCGAUACUGAUGAUGAGGUUUUUAUGCUCUUCAUGUCUGAUAUUUAUCAAAGCAUCAGCUGUGGCUUGUCAUCGAUUUUUGGUUUGUCUCUCUAUGGCUUACCUGGAUCGUGCAUCACUUGCUCCGCGGGAAGUUGUAGUUGGUGCAUAAAGUUUGGGUUGGACCACAGGCAGUUGAGUUAUUCAAUUCCCUCUUUUACAAGUUAGAUUUAAGGAGAUUGCAAAUAAAUCACAUCUUUCAGAUGCCAUGAAUACCAGAAUCGAGUAGCCUAGCAAAGUGGAUUUUGUUUACUUGCUUGAAGCUUAAAUAGAAGUUAGCACUUGCAGCGCACAACUCUUGAUGUUAUAGGAAAUUGUAUAGGACAGGUAGUUUUAAACUUGACAUCUCCUUGUGCUUGUACAUACUCAUUCUUAUCCUUGCUGGUUCGAAAAACUUGUACAGACGAAAACCAAGAAGUCUUCUUUUACUAUAUAAAGAA